UUUUAUUCUCUCUCUUGCUCUCUCUUCUCCCCACCCGCCGAUUUUACUCGAUCACCGAAUCUGAGAGAUAUUAUUUUUCUUUUCUCUUGCACGCUUAGAGUGCAUUAAUUUAAAAUGGGUGCAUACAAAUAUAUGCAAGAGCUUUACCGCAAAAAGCAGAGUGAUGUACUCCGCUUUUUAUUGCGUGUAAGAUGUUGGCAAUAUCGUCAACUCACAAAAAUGCAUCGUGCACCAAGACCAUCCCGUCCAGACAAAGCUCGUCGUCUAGGAUACAAAGCUAAACAAGGUUUCGUUAUCUUCAGAAUCCGUGUACGUCGUGGUGGACGUAAACGUCCAGUACCAAAAGGUGCAACAUUUGGUAAACCAAAAGGUCACGGUAUCAACCAAUUGAAACCAAGCAGAAAACUUCAAUCAGUUGCUGAGGAACGUGUUGGACGUCGUUGUGGUGGUUUGAGAGUACUCAACAGCUACUGGGUAGCCCAAGAUUCAUCAUACAAAUACUUUGAAGUCAUUUUGGUUGACCCAGCACACAAGGCUAUCCAAAACGACCCAAAGAUCAAUUGGUUAUGCAAAGCUGUCCACAAACAUCGUGAACUCCGUGGACUCACAUCAUCAGGCAAAAGCUCACGUGGUUUGGGCAAAGGACAUCGUUUCUCACAGACAAUUGGUGGAUCACGCAGAGCAGCAUGGCUCCGAAGAAACUCACUUUCUCUCCGCAGAAAGCGAUAAGCAUAAAAAACUUGUCAUUAUUGUCAUUACAUCCAGGCAAAUUUUUCAUCUUAUUGCAUUUGUCAUUUGUCAAGAUCAUAAUGAUAAAUAAAUAUAAUAAAUUACAUACGAUA